CUCAGUCACUGCGGUGCGCUUUUUGGGGUGGACCGUAGCCGUUUUAAGCCAUAAUGGUGAUGAUGACGGACGCCUGGUUACCUCUGCUGCUGGCUCUGCUCGCCAUCGCGGGAGGGGGCCUAGGUGCAGACACAGAGGAGCGGUUAGUGGAACACCUUCUAAACCCCGCCCACUACAACAAACUCAUCCGUCCCGCCACAAACGGCUCUGAACUGGUCACCGUGCAGCUCAUGGUGUCGCUGGCCCAACUCAUCAGUGUGCACGAGCGCGAGCAGGUGAUGACCACCAACGUCUGGCUCACGCAGGAGUGGCAGGACUAUCGUUUGACCUGGGUUCCGGAGGAGUUUGACGGGAUGCUGAAGGUUCGACUUCCGUCCAAACACAUCUGGCUCCCGGACGUGGUUCUGUACAACAACGCUGACGGAGUGUACGAAGUCUCUUUCUACUCCAACGCUGUGGUCUCCUACGAUGGCAGCAUCUUCUGGUUACCCCCGGCGAUCUACAAAUCCGCCUGUAAGAUCGAGGUCAAACACUUCCCGUUCGACCAGCAGAACUGCACUCUACGUUUCCGAUCCUGGACUUACGACCGCACCGAGAUCGAUCUGGUGUUACGAGCGGAUGUGGCAAGCAUGGACGACUUUACGCCCAGCGGGGAGUGGGACAUUAUUGCUCUCCCGGGACGAAGGAACGAAAACCCGGCCGACCCCACCUACGUAGACAUCACCUAUGACUUUAUUAUCAGACGUAAACCACUUUUUUACACCAUCAACUUGAUUAUCCCGUGCGUGCUUAUCACUUCUUUGGCCAUUCUGGUCUUCUACUUACCCUCGGACUGCGGUGAAAAAAUGACUUUGUGUAUCUCCGUGCUCCUCGCCCUCACUGUGUUCCUAUUGCUGAUCUCCAAAAUAGUCCCGCCCACCUCUCUGGACGUCCCAUUGGUUGGGAAGUACUUGAUGUUCACGAUGGUUCUAGUCACUUUCUCCAUAGUUACGAGCGUUUGUGUGUUAAACGUGCAUCACCGCUCCCCCACCACACACACCAUGCCCCCCUGGGUUAAGCUGGUCUUCCUAAACAAGCUCCCGGCUCUGCUCUUCAUGCGUCAGCCUCGGAACAACUGCGAACGGCAGCGGCUGCGCCAAAGACGGAGAGCCCAGGAGCAGAAGGAAGGGGGGCGAGGAGGGGAGGUCGGCGGGCUCAUGGUCGGGCUCGGAAUGGCCAACACGGGCGGAAACGGAGGCGCCACUUCCACUGGAGUUUUCGGGAAGGAGGACAGUGACCCGUGUACGUGCUAUGUGAACCGGGCGACAGUGAAACAGUUUGGAGGAGAGCUGGGAGGGGCAGGAGGAUCCAUGGAUGGUUUGAACAGAGUGAGAGAGGGGCGGGAGGCGGGGGCGGGGAAUGUGCCACGGGGUAAGCAGGCGGCGGGGGGUCCUGCGCUCACCCAGGCCCUGCUGGCUCAGGCCUGUCCCGGCUUUGAAGAGGCCGUGGAGGGGGUCCGCUUUAUCGCCAACCACAUGAAGAGUGAGGACGACGACCAGAGCGUGAGCGAAGACUGGAAGUACGUCGCCAUGGUGAUCGACCGCCUCUUCCUGUGGAUCUUCGUGUUCGUGUGCGUCUUCGGGACGUUGGGCAUGUUCCUCCAACCACUUUUCCAGAACUACACAGCCAAGACCAUCACCAGCACGCCAGGUUGAUCGCCCCUCCCGAAACGUCCGACAAGCUAAAGGACAGCUCUUACCCCCUUCUGUCCCUUUGACACACCGGCCCGGGACAACGUAAGGCCGGUGGCAAAGACGGAGGGGGUCUGGUUGGGAUUUUUGUCGUUUUUGGAACUGGGACAAAACUUGGAAACAGUAAAUCACGUCCAUUAUACCUUUAUAGUAACGUUUUUGCAAAGUUUUUUCUCGGAUGAAGAAAGAAUCGGAAGUCAUAUUCUUUACCUGCAGUUUUUGUCCAGCUGCUCUAAUGGACUAUCCUUCCCUUUCAGUUCUUCAGAUCCCUCCUCAGGUCGACAGGAGUUAAGGAAUCCCUGUUUUAUUCCUUACCAAACCUAUAAAACCAGCCAACUCGAUCUCCCUAACAUUGCUUGUAUACACACAUCGUUUAAGUCAAAGUUAAAAUCUGCUACUCAGAAAGGGAAGGGGAGUUCACAUCUUCAGAUAGAUUUAACUUUUUCUUCCACCAUCAAAUAGUUUACCAUAGCAUAGCCGCUUAACACACACAGAACUAUUACAAAUCUCAUGCAGCAAUUUUUUUACUCAAGGAAAGGCUGAAAAAAAACAAACUUCAAACUGAAUGCGAUGUUGCUCACGUAUUUACUAGUGAGGCCAGGUAGCAGGUGAUGAAAAUAAAUAUAUAAAAUAAUGAUAUGCAUAUGCAAGAAUGAAGCAGGUUGUGUUAUUAGCUGAAAGGAUAGAGCAUGCAUGGGUAGCUUCCUCUUUAGACAGUUUUGCACAUUCGUAGAGCAGUACAGGAGAGCACAGCUGCGAUGAGGUCAGCUUAGAGGCAUCAUGGCUGACAGACCCUCCUACGGUUACGACGGAUAAAAGAAAGUUGGGCAAAUACCUGGAAAUAUUGUGUGUGAGAAAUGCCAGUUUGCGAUUUAAAUGUGCUUUAUUUAACUUUCCGCUACGGAGGGUCCGCUACGUCCUUGUCUUUGUGGAUAUUUGCCUGAAAUGUUCUAUAGUGUAGCAUUUAUUAUUAUUUGUUUGUAUUCAACUACACCACUUUAUUGCUCAAAAAUACCUUGGAAAACGUGUUCUUCCUGUAAACGGGGUCACCUCCACAGAUUGGACCCGUAACUCGCUGGUGUCCAUGAAAAUAUUUAGGUUUAAGGCCGUACCGUGAAACAUUCUAAGCAAAAGAACAAUAUUUCCAUGAGGACAAGCAGGUGGCGGACCCCUCCAUCCGAAAAGUUACAUAGUGCACCGUUAAAAGUGUAUUCUGUGUCACUUUUUCUACUGUAUGUCACUUACCCUCACUCCUCUGCCUUUGUCUUUUAUUCUCUUUUUAAUUCUGAGUUGUUUAUUUAUGUCUUGCCAAGAGCGGUUUAUGUAUCAACGUGUGCGUAAGAUACGUUUGUGGCCUAUGCCCCCAUUACGCAUGACGCAUCUCUGAUUACGGAUUCGACAGAUCCAGGGAACAUAUGCGUCAGCCUCGUUAUAACCUCUCUCAAUCACUCUUAGGUCUUCCAUGGGCAAAUACAUAACAUUUUGUCCACUUAUUCUCAUCAUAAACUCAAUGGCUGGUUGCUUUGGUUUGUACUUUUGUCAUGCUUUUCCCAUUUUGUCAUCGGUUAUUGAUAACUUAGAUGGCAGCGGAUGGAGUAAGUCACACUCAUAAGGCAAUAAAAACAAAACUUGCUGUUCAAAAUCACAACUGUGGAACUAUGGGAAACGCUGCAAGAGCACAAUACUGUAUGGACAGCACUGACUGGGGUGGAGAAUAUGCCCGAAUUUGAAUGGAUGUCAUGUCUGGAGAAGCCACUAUGAUGAAUCGCUGUUUAAAUCCAAUGUCACUGUCACUCUGCGUGCGUCUCCCCGUCAGUUAAUAGUCACGUGGCCAAGUUCAUCUCGGACUAGGAGCUGUCUGGAGAACAGGAUUACCCAGGGGAUCCCCCAAUACGCCCUGAAACAGUGUGAAAAGCCUAUAUAAGAGAAACUAUGAUACACUGCACAUGGACAUUAACGGACUACUUUCUCUCUAUGACGUCUCCACUCGCUGUCCCUCUCCUCUUGCUCCCACAUGCAUUAACCCCCACCCCUUUUUUCACCUCAGAUCUGCUCCUGUGCACACCGCAAUCAGUCA